AUAUGAGACAUUUCACUAUGAAAGGAGCAAUUGUUUUCAUCUCUUUUGUUGCAAUUGCUUUUGCGAAAAAAUUCAGGUGGUGCAACAUUUCUGAGGCAGAGCAGCGAAAAUGUGCUGAACUGUCCAAGGCCUUGCAAGCAGUGUUGCCUCCCACAGCAAAGCAUUCUUUCACCAAGUUGUCCUGCAUUCAAGCGCAUAAUACAAAGGAUUGCAUCAAGAAGAUACGGGGCAACAAGGCAGAUGCGAUUUCGUUAGAUGCUGGUGAUAUCUACACUGCUGCAAGAUUUUAUGAUCUCACUGUUGUGGCAAAGGAAAUGUAUAAGGAUGGUGGCUGUCUAUAUUCUGUGGCUGUGGUCCGGAAUGAAAGCCUGGACAUCCAGAAGCUAAAAGGAAAGAGAAGUUGUCAUAAUGGUGCUCGACGCACAGCCGGCUGGAAUAUUCCCCUUGGAUUUCUCCUGUCCCGGAAUUACCUUCACUGGCACAAGAAUCAAACUGUAAUUGAAGGUAACCCCCUUUUGCAAUCUUUAUCGAUUUCCUUGAUGUCUCAGUCGUGCUUUUGUAGCGCGGCCGAGAGUGAGUCCCAUCGGCUUCGGGACUCUUCGAUGAAGGCGUCGAUCUUCGCUUCGAGAUUGGAGAUGAUUUCCACGAGGCACGCAACCGUAGGUCUGAGUGAAUGGGCUGAUGGUUGGAGUCCUGACCACUUUGAGUUGCUGUGUCCGGGUGGUGAACGUGCUCCAGUCACUGAGUGGGAGAGGUGCAACCUGGGCUCCAUCCCUCCAAACAUCGUGAUGACUAGGUCGGUCAUUGCCACCAGAAUCUACGACUUCCUGAUGAAGUCACAGGACCAUUUCGGGGUGAGCUCAGACUCCCAGUUUCAGCUUUUCCAGUCCCGUAAAUACGGGGAAAAGGACCUGCUUUUCAAAGACUCCACAAAAUGUUUGGCUCAUGCGACCCACCUUGACUACAUGAGCAUUUUGGGUGAAGAAUUCUCUAAUCUGGCAGAAUCCGUUUUCAGUUGCACGGAAUCAGAAAUCCUUGAAUUCUGCACACAGAACGCCUGCAGCACUUUGCAAGUCUGAAACUCCAACCGAUACCCUGACGACAUGGAAUGAUGCAGAUUGUGACCUUCCCUUUGGAAUUAACUUCUUCCCUACACUCGAUUUAAAGCAUUGGGAAAACUGCUAAGUCAGAUUCUUCUGUGCUAUUUUUAAAGUUUUUUUUUCAAUCAACCUGUUCAGUUAGGACUUGAACUGAGACCUUCUAGACCAGGGUAGGGGCACUACCACUGUACCACAAGAACCUUCAGUGCUGUCGAAAGUGCAUGUGUUAAGGCUUGGGCAGUGAUUUUGGCAUUGAACAAUCAAGAUGGUCCCUGGCAGCUUACUGAGCAGUUUCAGUGUUCAGUGAGUUUGGCGCUGGAAUUAACCCAAUCCUCAAAAUCAAGCUGAUACCCACAUUUUGUCAAGACAGCAGGCAGGAAUCCACGCAAAAAUGUUCUGCUGAAUACAAAUGAAAUCAAUGUCAAAUUAAAAAAUGUUAACUGUGUUUCAUGA